AUGGUGGGCUUCCAGGCGCUCCACCUAAAGCCGACGAAGCCCUGCACCGAACUGAAGAAAAAGAAGGAAAUCAUUGUGGAAAUGUUGACAGCUAGGAAGUCAAAUGAGAAGAAGGGAGCUGUCGAGGAACACAAUCUGAAAGUUACUGGAAAGGAUAAAGAUGUUGUUCACAACUCUUCUACCAUUGGGAUGAGGAAAUCUUUGGUUUUUCAUGUAGGAAAGCUUCCAAAAGGCAUUAGAACUGACUGGAUGAUGUAUGAGUACAGACUAGAAAGCAAGGAACUGAAAAGUGGUUCAGGUCCUAAAAUUGGGGAGCAAUAUGGUGCACCUUUUAACGAAGAGGAUUAUGAUGAUGACACAACUACUGAAGAUUCUUUUCCUCUUGGUCUAGAAUCCUUAGAUUGUCAGACUACUUUGUUCAAUCCUAUGACUGAGCAAGCUAUGACCUCUGCUAUCAUUGAGACAUCUUCCAACCAUGAUUUUCUUGAAUUUGAUGGAAUACUGCUGGAUGAAUUUUUAGAGUUUCUUAAUAACUCUCCACCUAGAGAGAAUGCUCAUCAUGAGAUCCCUGAUUCAGUUGUUCCCAAUAAAACUGUGGAUGAAACCUCUUCAAAUGGAGUUGUAUGGCUUGUGAUUGCUAGUGGUGGCAUUUGUAGCGGUAUUGGGAAUGAAUUUGGUAGCAAUAGCGAUAGCAAUAUUGGUGCCAAAAAAAGUGUUUUUCAGUCAAAUUUGAGAAAUGUGAGUCGUGGAGAUAUCUGUGCUAAUACUAAAUGUAAGUUGCUUCAUUAG